ACCCCCGCCAGCCGCGAGAACGCCGGCGCUUCCCCCGCGCAGCUCCGCCCUUGAGAGCUCGCUGGCUAUUCGCUUUCGCAACAUCCCUAGGGCCCCGCCUCCUCAGCCUCCCUGGGCAACCUUCUCCGUGCUGGCUUCUAGGCUCCGCCUCCUCUGCGUUCGACGCAGCCUCCGCCGGGCCUCCCAGGAUGCAGCUCGCUGGCGGGAGGUUUGGAGCAGAUAGAUACUGUAUCCGCGUGGGGCAUCCGGAAUGUUGCCGUUGCGUUGAGGUUUAGAAACAUCAACUGGAAUCAAUUUGCAUUUGAAAAUUAGAUCAACACAGAGAUUGAUAUUGUGGAACGACUAGCAAACAAGCAAUGUCAUCUAACGAACAAGAAAGGCUCUUGUGUUAUAAUGGGGAAGUCCUUGUUUUCCAGUUGUCUAACGGAAAUUUUGCAGAUAAAGAACCUACAAAAACACCCGUAUUACAUGUCAGAAGAAUGGUAUUUGACAGAGGAACAAAUGUAUUUGUUCAGAAGUCCACUGGACUUUUUACCAUGAAGGAAGAAAACUCUCAUUUAAAAAUCAUGUGUUGUGACUAUGUGUCAGAUUUCAGAACUGGAAUUAAUCUCCCUCACAUUGUGAUACAAAACAGUAAAAAGAAUAAUGUUUUUGAAUACUUUUUACUAAUUCUUCACAGUACCAAUAAAUUUGAAAUGUGUUUGAGUUUUAACCUGGGCUAUGAGAUUAAGGAUAGCCUAAGGGUCCUUAAUGGCCCUUUAAUUUUGUGGAGGCAUGUCAAAACAUUCCUCUUUAUCUCUUCUCAAACUAGCAAAGUUAUUAGUGUGUUAGGUAACCUUUCCUCUAUUCAGUGGGCAGGGGAGAUUGAAAAUUUAGGUAUGGUUUUAUUGGGACUAAAGGAAUGUUAUUUAUCUGAGGAAGAAUGUACUCAGGAGCCUUCAAAAUCAGAUUAUGCAAUUUGGAAUACCAAAUUUUGUGUAUAUUCUCUUGAAAGUCAAGAAGUAAUAAGUGAUACAUACAUUAUUCCUCCUGCUUAUAGCAGUGUGGUGACUUGUAUACAUAUCUGUGCAACUGAGAUCAUCAACAACCAGUUAAGAAUAUCUCUUAUCGCCCUUACCCGAAAGAAUCAGCUGAUUUCAUUUCAGAAUGGAACUCCUAAAAGUGUGUGCCAGCUUCCAUUUGGAGAUCCUUGUGCAGUUCAACUUAUGGAUUCGGGUGGAGGAAACCUCUUUUUCAUUGUAUCCUUUAGGUCCAAUAAUGCUUGUGCUGUAUGGAAAGAGAACUUUCAGGUUGCUGCUAAGUGGGAAAAAGUUAGCUUGGUAUUGAUAGAUGACUUUAUUGGAAGUGGAACUGAACAAGUACUCCUACUUUUUAAGGACGACUUGAACUCAGAUUACCUGACUUCAUUUAAAAUAACAGAUCUUAGAAACAUAAACUAUUCGAGUGAACCAUCAGAUUGCAAUGAAGAUGACAUAUUUGAAGAUGAACAAGAUAAUCGUUACUUGGUGGUUCCGCCUCUGGAAGCAGGACUGAAAGUUGGUUUUUCUUCUUUACGGGAAUUACGGCAGCAUCUCUUGCUUAAGGAAAAAAUUAUUUCAAAAUCUUACAAAGCUUUAAUAAACCUGGUUCAAGGAAAAGAUGAUAAUACAUCAAGUGCAAAGGAGGAAUGUCUUGUUCCUCUUUGUGGUGAAGAAGAAAAUUCUGUCCAUAUCUUAGAUGAAAAGUUAUCAGAAAGUUUUCAAGAUUCAGAACAGCUAGUAGAGAAGAUAUGGUAUCGUGUAAUAGAUGAUAGCUUGGUUGUUGGAGUGAAAACUACAUCAUCUUUGCAGCUGUCCCUGAAUGAUGCGACUUUGUCACUGUUAAUGGAUCAAGCCCAUGGCUCUGGAUUUCGGCUUCUUAAGUGCCAAAAUAGAGUGAUUAAGUUGAGUACAAGACCUUUCCCAGCACCAUACUUGAUGCCAUGUGAAAUAGGAUUGGAAGCAAAAAGGGUCAAAUUGACCCCUGAUAGCAAGAAAGAGGAAAGCUUUGUUUGUGAACACCCAUCUAAGAAAGAGUGUGUACAGAUAAUUACUGCUAUAACAUCUCUUUCACCACUUUUAGCAUUCAGCAAAUUUUGUUGCACUGUACUGCUACAAAUUAUGGAGACGGAGAGUGCUAACUGCCUUAAAAAUCAUUAUGUUGUGUGUGGCAGAGUUGUUUUAAGUCUAGAAGAUCUUUCAGCUGGGAAGUACCUACUGACAUUUCCAAAGAAGAAACCUAUAGAGCACAUGGAAGAUCUUUUUGCACUUCUCGCAGCAUUCCACAAAUCUUGUUUUCAAAUCACAUCACCUGGCUAUGCCCUGAAUUCAAUGAAAGUUUGGCUCUUAGAACAUAUGAAAUGUGAAGUAAUCAAAGAAUUUCCAGAAGUAUACUUUUGUAAAAGGCCAGGAAGUUUCUAUGGGACACUCUUCACCUGGAAACAAACAACACCAUUUGAAGGGAUUUUAAUAGUCUGUUCCAGGAAUCAAACAGUUAUGUUCCAGUGCCUUCAUAAUCUCAUCAGAAUUCUUCCUAUAAACUAUUCCCUCAAAAAUCUAAAAUCAGGAAGUGAGAAUUUCCUAAUUGAUAAUAUGGCAUUUACUUUGGAGAAGGAACUAGUCACCCUUAGUUCUCUUUCUUCUGCCAUAGCUAAAUAUGAAAGCUAUUUUGUACAAAGCUGUGAAGUGAGCAAAGGAAAGAGUAGUGUCAUCGCGGCUACUUUAUCAGACAGAAGGGAGGAAAUCCAUCCCUACAGAAAAAAACUUCAGAGAGAAAAGAAGAAAAUGUUGCAAACGAACCUAAAAGUGAGUGGUUCCCUUUACAGAGAAAUAACUUUCAAAGUAGUUGAUGUUCAAUUGAAAUCAGACUUUGCUGCACAGAAACUGAGUAAUUUAUAAUUAUAAUCUCAAUUUGAUCAUAGUUUAAAAUAUGUUUUCACCAUCACAUAAGAUGUUGGUUCUACUUGCUACAUGCCUCCUUUGUAAAAAUAAACACUGAGGCUUACUGUAGUAGAAUCUUCAGUUUUGAUGAUGCAUAAAAUAAACAUAGGCGGUUCUCAAUUAGGGCCAUUUUAGGUCCCUCUCCUCUACCCUUAAGGGGCAUUUGGCUAUGUUUGGAGAUAUUUUUUUUUUUGGUUGUCAGAAGUUGUGGAGUCAGGAAGGGGUGAGGCAGGGGUGCUAUGGGCGUCUAGUAGAUAGAGGAAACCAGAGAUGCUACUAAACCUCCUGCUAUGCACCAGACAGCCCCCCUACAACAACGAAUUAUCCAGCCCAAAACGUCAGUAAUGCAGAGGUUGAGAAAUCCUGUCUUAGAAUUACUUAAGAGAAGACUGAAAUGGCAUAAUAGUAUUUUGGUCUAAAUCUUUUAAAAACUUCAUUUCUUUCUUGCUGUCUGCUUAGUAAAACCUAGCCUGUAAAAAUAUACUUCAGAUAGAUGAAUUAAGCAAGGUGGUCAGGAUCCACAAUUUUCUGAAAUAUCAGUAUUUCUCCUACAGAAAUUUAAAUGGCAGAUUGUCUGGGUGAGACCAUUAAAAUUAAAGUUUUUUAAAACCCUUGUCAAUUUGAAUGUUAUUAGAAAGCUGCCCAGAAAUUAUACAAUUUCUGGGCAGCUUUCUAUAAGAAUGUGAAAAUUGUAAGACAUUUUUCUGAAAAGCAUAUCUCUUUCAAAAAGCUAAGUAUACCUCACAGGCUACUGUUUAAAUUAAAAAAUGAAAAUGCUUUUAAGCUAUCUGAAAUUCCAACUCUAGGCAAAGUUAAAAUAUGAAAUUCUGAUUAAAGUAACGUAAAGAAUAUGGUACUCCUUAGGGACUGAGAAAUCUAAAAAUAAAUGGAAAUUCACUUCAGUUAAGAAGUGAUUUAUAACGGGUCCAGUGAGAUACAUUUCAAAGGGAUAAAAAUUUAAGCUAGUCUUUUCUUUGAAAAAUAAGAAUUCUGAAAUAAUAAGAGAGCAUCAGAAGAAAGAAAAAGACACAAAAGGAUAUGGGCCAAAAUAAAUGUUCCUGAUCCUUUUUGCUCUAUAAUCCCUAAGUGAGAUGCAGGUUUCCAUCUCAGUUGAAAGAAAUAAAGAUGAUUAUAGAAAGUGACAUCUUGUGCUUGUAGCUGUGAAGUGCUAAUUCUCUCAUGCCUUAGAAAUGCUUAUACCUAAUGAUCUUGUGAUGCACAUGGUUUUAGAGAAUAUAGGCUAUUAGUUUCUUGUCUUGGUUUUUAUGAUUGUCCGUGUAAUAGGGGACCUCCAAUGGAUUUCUAGUAAUCCAUUGCAAAUUGAGAUAGAACUCUACAGCUCUGUCCCUAUGAAAUGUCAAUGGAAAAUAUUUCAGACUUUCUGCAAAUGGAAAUGGAAUAAGUUCAGGAUUAAUUGUGGAAAUCUAGAAAGAGUAAUGUGUCAUGUGCUGUCUGUUGAAACUGCCCAUGACAUGUUCUGAAAGAACAACCAAAUAUAAAAUAUAGGAAGUAAAUUGUAAAGUAGAGGUGAUGAAAAAACUAAACAGUCAUGUUAGUAGGGUUGCUUAG